AUGGAAGGAAUGGAGGGAGGCAGUUCAGGUGGAGGAGGAGGAGGAGGAGAUGGAGGGAGUAACUACUACAGCUUGCGACCUUCAAGGAUAAUGAACGAAGAUAUUCUGUUCUGCAUAGAUGUUGACCCUGAAUCCCUCCUCGAGAUGAAGGUCUCUGGCCCAAAUGGCAGACCCAUUACUCGUUUGGAUUCCAUCAAGCAAGCCAUUCUUCUCUUCAUCAAUGCCAAGCUCACUAUCAAUCCUGAUCAUCGAUUCGCCUUCGCCACUCUCGCAAAAUCCCCUUCUUGGCUUCGCAAAGAGUUUAGCAACGAUGUUGAGUCUGCGAACGAAGCACUUCGAGGACUCACAGCUACUCAAGCAACAGGUCAAGCUGAUCUCACCAAUCUGCUCCGUGUAGCAGCAUAUGAAGCGAAGAAAUCCCGUGCUAGUAAUCGAAUUCUUAGGGUGAUUCUCAUCUACUGCAGAUCAUCUGUGCGACCGCAACACCAAUGGCCUGUAAACCAGAAGUCCUUCACUUUGGAUGUUAUCUACCUUCAUGACAAGCCUGGACCCGACAACUGCCCACAAGAGGUGUACGACUCACUCGUGGACGCCUUGGAUCAUGUUAGUGAAUACGAAGGAUACAUUUUCGAGAGCGGCCAAGGGCUGCAGCGUGUCCUCUUCAAGUACAUGUGCACACUGCUGGCACACCCUCAACAGCGCUGCGCUCAAGAGCUUGUGGACUUGCCGAAGGCUCUUACAAAGAAGUCGCCCCCAACGGACACAGUGCCAGAAGAUAAUGUACCCGUCUCUGGCAGCCAAUGAGAUGAAGGUAUCAGUUGAGUAAAUUCACCUGUAUUUUAUUAUAUAUAUAUAUAUUAUAUAUAUAUAUAUAUAAUAGAUAUGUGCAGUUUUUGGUGUACCAUUAGAAGUGAAUGUACUCUUUGGCCUCUAUAAGGCUUAUGCUGUUAGAUCUGAAUGUUUUGAAAUGACUAUUGGUUAAAGUACUAGGGUUGAACAAAAAAAAAAACUUCAUUGUCUAGUUUUUCUGGCGAAUUUUUGCAGAGUUUUUUUUGGAGAUCUAAUUUAUAAUAUUCUGAGUAGUGAACAAGUUCAUAUUA